AUGGCUGAGAUUUAUAACACGGACCGCUUCGCGGAGCUCUAUUACCCAUCCAAUACCGCCGACCUCCUACAUCUAGGCCUCGCAGCGAGGUUCGUGGCGGCGCUUUUCGAGUCGAGUCGAGUUACCUACGCCUUCAUCGGUGGCUGGGCUAUUUACUUGAGAGGCUGUAGACGCCGGACACAGGACAUCGAUAUUACAGUUGCCACCUCGAUGGACCAUUUAAGACAGAUUUUGACUGCAGAACCCCGUAUCCAUUUCCCGGCUAUUCAUGGCCGAACUUCCGUUCAAAUAUUCAUUGACACAGGCCGCAGUGUGGAUGGGGAAUUCCCCCACGUACCAGAUUUAGCGGUCAGUAUGGAUAUUGUUAUUAGUGUGAUCACUGCAGGUAACCUGGGGACACCAGAGGACCUUCAGUCCUCGCGCGAGCAUAUCAAUCCUCAUAGACCAACUCCCUUGGGCUCUCCCGUUUCGGUACUCGGUUUGGUCUUCCAGAUCUAUGCCAAACUAGACGCUUUCUCCAGGCGUGGCGAACAAGAUAGCAAGGACUUCGUGGACCUGGAGUUCCUUUUCACCCAAUAUGCGAUUCAAGUACCAGCUUUCAGAGACUGCUUUAGUGUUGAGCAGCGACAGUAUUUCUGGAUGCAAUAUGCCGCCAAAUAUGCGACUUUCCCCGAACAAGUGGAGAACAUGAGGAUUCUCCUUGGGCUUUGA